GCGUCCCCGCCAGCGCGGCCGCCAUGGCCUCCCCGCCCCGCGGCCCGGAAGCGGAAGUGACGGCGGAAGUGACGGCGGCCAUGGCGGAGGAGGCGGCGGAGCGGCAGCUGGAGCUGCUGCGGGAGGAGCGGGAGGCGGAGCUGGCCCAGAGCAGGGCAUGGCAGGAGAGCGUCUCCCUGAAGGAGCUGCAGCGCAGGGGGGUCUGCUUGCUCAAACUCCAGCCUGCCAGCCAGAGAACCGGCCUCUACGGGCGGCUGCUCGUGACGUUUCAGCCCAGAAAAUGCGACUCGGAUGCUGAGCUGCCCUACAACAGCUUCGGGCCUGGGGACAUCGUGGGCCUUUACGAUUCAGCUGACCGUGGGGACCCACUCUCCACCGGCAUCGUGACACGUGUCACCUCCAGAGCAGUGACCGUGGCCUUCGAGGACUCUGGGGACAACGUGCUGAGCCUGGACCGUGAGAGCUUGUACCGCCUGCUGAAGCUGGCCAACGACGUCACCUACAACCGGCUGAAGAAAGCUCUCCACGCGCUGAAGCAGUAUCGCGGGGGUCCGGCCUCCCACCUCAUCGACGUCCUCUUCUUUUCUGCCGAGCCAAGCGCAUUCAGCGAGACAAAGCCCCUGCAGUUUUUCAACCCCUCGCUGGACGCCUCGCAGAGGGAAGCCGUGUCCUUUGCGCUGGCACAGAGGGAGCUCGCCAUCAUCCACGGGCCCCCUGGCACCGGGAAGACCACGACGCUGGUGGAGAUCAUCCUGCAAGCUGUGCAGCAGGGCCUCAAGGUCCUGUGUUGUGCCCCCUCCAACGUGGCCGUGGACAACCUGGUGGAGCGGCUGGCGGGGCAGGGGGCGCGCGUGCUGCGGCUGGGCCACCCCGCGCGCCUGCUGCCGCACAUCCAGCGGCACUGCCUGGACGCCGUGCUGGCCCGCGGCGACAGCGCGCGCAUCGUGGCGGACAUCAGGAAGGACAUCGACCAGGCCGUCGCAAAAACCAAAAAGGCUCAAGACAAGGGGGAGCGGAGCCAUUUCCUGAGUGAGAUUAAGGUGCUGAGGAAGGAGCUGAAGGAGCGGGAGGACGCAGCGAUGGCCGCAGCCCUGACCCACGCCAGCGUUGUCCUCGCCACGAACACAGGUGCCUCCCCGGACGGGCCGCUGAGGCUGCUCCCCGAGCAGCACUUCGGGCUGGCGGUGCUGGACGAGUGCGCGCAGGCGCUGGAGGCCAGCUGCUGGGUGCCGCUGCUGCGCGCCCCCCGCUGCGUGCUGGCCGGGGACCACCGCCAGCUGCCCCCCACCAUCCUCUCACACAGGGCGGCGGCGGCGGGGCUGUCGCUCAGCCUGCUGGAGCGGCUGGCGGAGCGGUACGGGCCGCGCGCCGUGCGCAUGCUGCGGGUGCAGUACCGCAUGCACCAGGACAUCAUGCGCUGGGCCUCCUGCGAGAUGUACGGCGGGCAGCUCAGCGCGCACCCCUCGGUGGCACAGCACCUGCUCAGGGACCUGCCGGGUGUCACCUGUACCGAAGAGACCGCAAUUCCCCUGUUGCUCAUAGACACCGCUGGCUGUGGGCUGUUGGAGCUGGAAGAAGAAGAUGAACAGUCCAAGGGGAACCCAGGGGAGGUGCAGCUGGUGGCUCUGCACGUCCAGGCGCUGGUGGGGGCUGGCGUGAGGGCGCAGGACAUCGCUGUUGUGGCCCCCUACAACCUUCAGGUGGACAUGCUAAGGGAGCAGCUUUGCCACAGGUACCCAGAACUAGAAAUCAAGUCGGUGGACGGUUUCCAGGGCCGGGAGAAGGAGGCGGUGAUCCUGUCGCUGGUGAGGUCCAACCGCAGAGGCGAGGUCGGCUUCCUGGCGGAGGACCGGCGGAUGAACGUGGCGGUGACCCGCGCCCGGCGCCACGUGGCCAUCAUCUGCGACACCCGCACCGUGAGCAACCAGCCCUUCCUGCAACGGCUGGUGGAUUAUUUCAGCCAGCACGGGGAGGUGCGCACGGCCUUCGAGUACCUCGACGACCUCGCGCCCGAAAACUACACCCAGGAGGGCCGGGGCGCGCGGCAGCGAGGCGCCAAGCCCCCCGCCGCGCCUGGCCCCAAACCCGGCAGGAAACCCAAAGCCACAGCGACCAAACCCACCUGUCAGCAGCCAGAAACGCAUUCGUCCCCCAGCACAAGCGGCCCCGGGAGAGAGAGCCCGGGGACAAAGGACAGCGCAGACAGACUCAGGGCCAUGCUGGUGGCGUUCCUGGCGAGCAGCGAGCCGCAGCUGGACUUCCCCCCGAGCCUCAACGCUCACGAUCGGCUGCUGGUUCACCUGAUGGCAGAGGAGCACGGGCUGCAGCACGGCAGCACCGGGGAGGGGAAGGAGCGCUACGUCAGCGUUCGCAAGAAACCGGCCGAGCCCUCACUGCCCGCCGCCCCCCGCCAGCAGCUGCCCCCUCCCCAGCCGCAGCAUCGCGAUGGGGACACGUCUGUCCCUGCCGAGCCGGGAGGGAGCAGCGAGGGGAACGUGGAGCUGAAAACCCUGCACCUGGAGAGGGUCCAGAGGGAGAAAGCCAAGCGGGAGGAGGCAGCGAGGAAGGCUCAGGAGCCCAGCGGGAAGGCCAGCAGCAGGAAAAAAGACAAAAGUGAAGCCAGAGCAAAGGCAGCGGCGAAGAGCGGAGCAGAGCGCGCGGCAGAGGAGGACUUCGACGCUCUGAUCGCUGCCGCCGUUCGAGCUGACAGCACCUGCGGCUUCCCCCGCUGCACGGCCAGCGUCACCGCCCUGGGACAGCUCUGCCCGCACUGCCUCCGGCGCUUCUGCCUCAGCCACCACGUCCCCGAGGUGCACGGCUGCGGGGACAAGGCCAGGGCGCAGGCGCGGCAGCGGCUCAGCACACAGGGGGCUCUGCACCCUGGGAACGGCGCCAGGGCCGCGGCGCUGGACCCCGCCAGGAGGGCCCAUCUCCAGCGGCGCCUGGACAAGAAGCUCAGCGAGCUGACCGGCCAGAGGAAGAGCAAGAGGAAAGACAAGGAGAAAUGAAGGAGCCGGACACUUGGUGUUCAACCCUGAAGUCCCGGGUCAGACCACAGAAACCAAAGAUGCCGUUAGAGCCACCAGGCCCUGCUGGGGGGAGGGAGCUCUGGGGUCUCCGCUGUCACUGGGGCUCCCUGAACCGCAGCGCUGAGACAGGACCGAGAGCGGCUUCGUGUCCCGUUACCCCUGUUGACAGAGUGAUGGAUGCACAGAGGGGCUGCAGAAUGGCAGCAAAGAUGGAUAUUAAACACCCAAAGCAA